AUGCAGAAGGUCUGGACACAGCUGAGGCUGGAGCACUGUGAGGUCUGGGGUGGGCUGGAAUGGAAUCCUCCUGUGCUGGUGUCAUCUCUCCUCCACCACACAGGGCUGGCCACCGGAGAGGACAACAGUGAGUUUUUCAUGGAAUUCCUGCAAACAUUGCUGGUGGGGUCCCCAGAGGAGCUAUAUGAGGGACCCCUGGGCAAGUAUGAUGUCAAUGCAGAUGCCAAGGCAGCACUGACAGAGCUCAAGUCCUGUAUCGAUGGCCUGCAACCUAUGCACAAGGCGGAGCUGGUCAAGCUGCUGGUGCAAGUGCUGGGCAGUCAAGAUGAUGCAUAGUGGACCCAGUCAUGGCUCCAAGCAGCCACAGGACCAGCUAUACAAGCAGCAAUGGCCACACCACCCCGAUACCACUCCAUAUGUGAAUUUAUCCUAAAACUGUUCAAUCAAUAAAGCCUCCUGC